AGUUUCCCUGUACACAUAGGUCUGUUAUAGUGUAUGUGGUCUUAUUAAGUGUGACUUUGUCAAGUAAAGACCGGCAAAAUGUUGAAAUUAAUUAUUGUGUUUUCGUGUUUUACGCUUUCUAUUCGUGCACAGUUGUGGGAUAAUGUAUAUAAUAACAUAUCUGUAUAUGAAAACGAUGGCAUUGUUCCAAUAUCAAUAUUAAUAUCUCCUGCUAUAACGACCUUGCCAGCCAUGGAAAACGUAUUGCCACAUAUGACCUGUCGAUUAAACGGAACAUUUUUAUCGAAAUAUAAACCUUAUGUACUAUCUUGGUAUAUGAACGAUGUAGCAGUGCAAUCAGAAAACAAUGCAACUUUUCUACGUUGGAACAGAACGUUAUCAUCCGUCGAUAUAAAUAAAGAAAUAUAUUGUGGUUUAAACCACUCUUCUAAAGAUAAUGAUUUAGAAAAGGUUUUAUCAUCGAAGAAAAUUCAAAUAACUAAACCACCAAAAUCCAGCCCCCUAGAUCUAAUAAUAACACCCAACGUCACUGAAUUGGAAACCACGGAAGGCGUAGUACCAAAUCUUAUCUGUACACCUAAAGGAUCCAAUCUACCGAAUUACAUUCCUUAUGUACUAUCCUGGUAUCUUGAAGAUAUCGAAUUAAACUUCGAAGUCAACGCAAUUGAUCUACCCUUAAAAAAAACUUUUACAACAAAUGAUACAAAUAAAGCAAUCUAUUGCGCUAUAAAGUUAUUCAUUUCCAGUGAAGAUGGAGAUAGUGAAGAUGCAUAUACACUUGUAUCAGGACGUAUAAUUAAAAAAAUUUAUAUAACGAAAGUGUCUAAAGCUUUGAAAAGCCCUCUAGAUCUAAUAAUAACACCCAACGUUACUGGAUUGGAAACUACGGAAGGUGUAGUGCCAAAUGUGACCUGUACACCUAAAGGAUCCAAUCUGCCGAAAUAUUCUCCUUAUGUACUGUCUUGGUAUCUUGAAGAUAUCCAAUUAAACUCCGAAGUCAACGCAAUUGCUCUACCCUUAAAAAAAACUUUUACAAUGAAUGAUACAAAUAAAGCAAUCUAUUGCGCUAUGAAGUUAUUCAUUUUCAGUGAAGAUGUAUAUACACUUGUAUCAGGACAUAAAAUUAAUAUAACGAAAGUGUCUAAAGCUUUGAAAAGUGGAAGUGACGGAAUGAAAAGUCAAUUGUUCUACUUCGUUACCUUUAUCAAUUUGGUUAUAGUUAGCCUUGUUAUAUAAAAACUUAGCGCCAUAUGUUUCAAGUUUUUCAAAAUUGAAUUCAAAUUCACAACGAACAAGAAUCAUUUUGCAACAAAUAUAAACAUAGAAAAAUUUGAAAGGUCAGCUGGUUCAUUCCGUCGCUUAAUUGGUAGAUCAUCUGACACGGAUUGCCUCAGGAUGCUGGUUCGAAUCCAGAUCGAAUAAAUUUUUUUUAGUAGGAAAUGAAACUAUUUUUCCGGAUUUAAAUCGCAUGUAUUUGUUUUUUCAAACAAACCGACGUUUCGGGCUCUUUACAGGUCCCAUGGUCACGGUUGACUGAGGUGGUACAGUCAUCUACCGGUUAUGUCUAAUAUCAAUGCAAAACACCCUAUUUUUUCACUAUAGUUACAAAACUUAUUAAUUAAAUACCUUAAUUAAUAACCUUUUUAAUUUUACAAAAAAAAAACGUUCCAAUUUACGCUACAUUACGUUUUACAAAAUUAUUUU